AUGGAACACUCUGAAAUCGAUUUUGCUGCUGCUCUUUCCACCGCCCAAGAACCCCGACAAGGUUCCCAGGAACAUUCUCCACCGCCGUCAGAUCUCAAUCAUACGGUUGAUGAAGAUGAUGAUACACUUGCUGUUGAGCUUCGUGAUAAGUUGGAUUUCAAGGUUGGUGAUGAACAAGGGGGUGCUGAAAGUGAAACUGAGGUUAAGGUUUCCGAGUUAAACGUCGGUGAAGAAUCUGUUAAGGAUGAAAAUGAAGAAUCUGCUGAAGAUGUAGUGUCUGUUAAGGGUGAAGAAAGAGUUGAUGGAGAUAGCAAGGGUUGGGAGACUAAUAGUUGGAAUGAGAAUGUGAAUGAAGAGCUUGGUGGUGGUAGAGAUGGUGGUGGUUAUGGUGAUGAUGGUUAUGGUGGUGGAUAUGAUGCUGUCUAUGGUUAUGGUGAUGGAGUUGAAAAGAAGGAAGGUAACAUCAGUGAUGGAAAUCACCAGUUUCCUUUGAGGCCUGAAGCUGAAGAUUGUUCCUUUUAUAUGAAGACGGGGAGUUGCAAGUUUGGAAUAAACUGCAAGUUUAAUCACCCCAUUAGGAGGAAAAACCAGGCUGUAAGGGAGAAGGUGCGAGAUAGAGAAGAACCUGCUGAGAACUUGGGCCAGACAGAAUGCAAGUAUUAUCAAAGAUCUGGGGGUUGUAAGUUUGGAAAAGCCUGUAAGUUCAACCACAUAAGAGGUUAUGCAGCACCAAUUUCAGAACUAAACUUUCUCGGCUUACCUAUUCGUUUGGGAGAGAAAGAGUGCCCCUAUUACAUGCGCACUGGCUCUUGUAAGUUUGGAUCAAACUGUAGGUUUAAUCAUCCUGAUCCUACAACUGUGGGAGGAAGUGAUCCUCAAUCAGGGUAUGGUAAUGGAGGGUCUGUUCCAUUACGAGGUGUAUCCCAACAAUCUGCCUCUUCAUGGUCUUCUUCAUCAAGAAAGUUAAAUGAAGCACCUUAUGUACCAAUGAUGAUUACACCUACUCAAGGACUUGCUCCUCAAAGUCCUGAUUGGAAUGGAUAUCAGGCGCCUGUCUACUUAUCUGAGAGGAUCAUGCACCCAUCUUCUACAUAUGUUAUGAAUAACCCAUCAGUUGAAACAAAUGUGUAUGUGCCUCCUCAAAAGCAGAUGCCAUUUGAAGUGUAUCCAGAAAGGCCUGGUGAACCUGAGUGCAGCUUCUUCUUAAAAACUGGGGAUUGCAAGUUCAAGUCUAAUUGUAAAUUUCACCACCCAAAGAAUAGGAUGGCACGAUUACCUCCUUGCAACCUCAGUGACAAGGGUUUGCCUUUGAGACCUGACCAGAGUGUCUGCUCGCACUAUUGUCGUUAUGGAAUUUGCAAAUUCGGACCAGCUUGUAGAUUUGAUCACCCAGAAAGUGCACUUCCCUUGAUGAUGCCUGGACUCGGCCAGCAAUCCUACUCAAACCCGGGUAAUGCUCAGAUGUCUGGAAUGGGUGGAAGUGCAGGUGACGUGACAAUUCAGCAAUCUGUGUAA